UCAAGUAUCUGCGGUAACCUGUAUUGUUGAUGUUUUGAUUCUUUCGCGUUUUCAAUCCUAGUGCUUGGUGAUUCUGUUUCUUACAAUUCCAAUAAUUUCUAAUUGGAAUAAGUUAAAAAAAACAAACAAAAAAACUUAGUAUUGCUAUGGCUUUAGCUAAUAAGCUGUUAGAUUUACUAAAUUGUACUAUUCGCUUCCGUACUCCUGAAGGAGAAUAUGAAGGAGUACUUAAUAAAGUUCUACCCGCAGCUGAACUUAUCGUUGUUCGGAAAGUUAUUUUAUUACCCGAUCGUCGAAUGGGUAGCUUAAAUUUUGGAUUUUCCGAAUUGACAAAUAUUAGAGUUAUCAAUCGACCUGAUAGUCUGAAAGAAAGAAAUGCUGGGAAAAAAGACGUUUUACCAGUUUAUCCAAAAACAAAAAUGGAAAGAUUAUUUGAUUUAGACGGAAGCAGUGAUAUUGAAGAUGACGAAAGUCCUGACAGUUACCACACUGAAUAUGAAAUGAAGUUAGUGCCACAUUUAUCAAAAUUCAUUCCCCGAGAUUUCGAGAUUAUUGAUACCUUCAACAAGGAAUUUAAUUUGGCAAUCAAGCACAUAAAGAAACAAGCUGCAAUUGGUGUAUCUCUUGAAGGUAUUAAAAUAAGUCGAUCAGGUACACUUACUUGGCUUUGCAUUUCAACUCCAUACUGCAAUUUUUUGUUUGAUAUCUUGGCACUUGGAGAACAAGCAUUUCAAAAGGGUCUGAAAUCCAUUUUAGAAGAUGCUAAGAUACAGAAAAUAUUCCAUGAUUGUCGCUUGGCAUCUGAUUGCUUGUACCACAAAUACAAUGUUUGUCUUGUUAAUGUCUUUGACACACAAGUAGCAGAUUUCAUUGUGAUGAUGCAGAUGAUUGAAAAAGACAAAAUUGACAGUCGAGUGAAUACUCUGGAUGCAUGCUUGAGUUAUUAUUUGGAAGUUCCAACUAAUUAUCUGUACGGUCAUGCAAACUUUGAUGAGGAUAAAGAUAGUUUGAAUUUUCAUGCAUUGCGUCCUUUAAAACAUGAAAUCCAGGAUGUCUUGAUAAAGAAUGUGAUGUACCUUCAUUUGUUAAAAAGAGAACUAGAACUAGCUUUGCAGAUGCCACUGCGAAGAGCUACAGAUGUAUAUUUGAAUUCCAUACAAAAGCUGAAGGAUAAGGAACUUCAUAUUGUGCCUCAUAAACCUGAUGAAUUGCCAGCAGAAAUGCACUUGGAAGGUAUUCAGAUAUUUCGAUACCGAGAUUUUGAGUAUCUCAAUAAUUCUGUUGCAUCUGGACCUCCAUAUCGUACCAUAAAUAAUCCCAUGAUGACAUACUUGAAUUAUCGUACAGAAUACAAGAAUGGCCAGAAAAAGGAUAAGGAAUCGAUAGUGAAUAAGCAUGAAAAUCACAAUCGGCUUGCCAUUUCCUCGGAAAAAAAGUACAAAGCAAAUGUUAAUCUUUCAAAAGCAGAUGAAUCCACAUCUUGGUUCAAAUCACUUAGUGUUAAUUCUUCUGUGAAUUCAAAUGACAGCAACCAGGGUUGUUCUAUUGAUUCUGAGAAGAAUCAAAUAAUUAAUAAUUGCAAAGUAGGAACAAAUAAAAUUUUAAAAGAUUUGAAUGGUGGCAAUACUUUUGCAAGCAAUAAAAAUGUAGUAAAAUCUGAAGUAUCCCCUUAUAGUGAAUCUACUACUGUACAAAACCCAAUAAUGCGUGGUAUGUUGGAACUCAUUUCCAAAAAGUCUAGAGAAAAUCAAGAGACUAUGAAAGUUGCUCCUGAUGAAUUAAAUCAAAUGAGUAGAUAUAGUCUUCAAACUUCUUUAGAAAAUUUUGGAAUGGACAGCAAAUCAGCAGCAAGCGAUUCAAAUAAUAGUAAUGAAUUGUCACAUUUUAAAUCAGUUUAUAGUUCUGCUUGCAGUAAUGACGCAGUUGAAACAGAAACAUCACACAUUCAGCGACCUUCUACUGUAAGGAAAAAAUCCUCAAGCGAGUUAUUGGAACUCCUUUCUAAAAUGCAAUCUUUGAAUCAUCUGAAAGUGGCUGAUACUUCUUCGGAUGAAUUGACAAAUGAAAUGGGCAAUAUUAAAAAUGCUUCAAAUGCUAAACUUUUACAGAUUAAUAAUUCUGCUGUGAAGAAUGAAGAAAACUGUUCAGAUUCAGACUUGGAAGAGGUGGCAGCCAGAGUCAGAGCAAGGGGUAUUCUGUUUCAAAACUUAAAAACAGAAACUGCUACAAAUGAUUAUGCAUCUGUACCUGAUCUGUGCAGCAAAAAGUUUCAAGUUAAACCUAUUAAGGAAAUUUACAAACUUUCUAGAGGUGAUGUGGAAUGUACUUCAGAAAAUGUGAGAGUUCAUUACAGUGAUACAAUUGAUAAAUUAUCCGAAUUUGAUGUGAAAGUAAAUCAUAAGAAAAGCUGUCUGGCAGAUUUAUACAAGAAAGCCGGUGAUAUGAAUUUAUUGUGGACUGAAGAAGAUUCAGAAACUGUUCCAAGAUGCAACCAAUCAGACGAGUGUGUAAACAAUUUUCGAGCUGCAGUUCUUAGUGAUGAAUCCAGCGAUGUGGAGUUAUGCUCACGGCUUAUACCAGCUGGUAUGUUAGGCUAUUGAAUGAAGUUAUACAUUUUCUAUUGAAGGAUAACUUAGUGAAAAGACAUUUCAUUAUAGUGCUUUGUGAAACUUGCCAAGAUAUAUUGGCAUUCAUUAUUUUAUUCAUUUGCUGAUGGUUGUGUAUAAAAUAUUUACAUUAUGCUAGUUUACAUUGUGUAUAAAAUGAAACUAGUAAUUGUAUUUUAACAGAAUUUUUCUGUUUAUUGAGUGAUAGCUGUUAUGUUUAGAAAAAUUUUCUUUUUAAAUAAGCAAUGCAUAUUUUUGUUCGACAAUUCAACAAUAUUUUGUUUUUUAUAUAUUUACUAUAUAAUUUAUUUCUUGCAGUGCAUGUGUAAAUUAUGGUGUAUUUUAAUU